GCUCAAACACACACUGCUCGGCUCUUCUCCUCUAUAGUCACCAGGAUCACUGGGACAGUCAGUGUGAGGAUGUCGCGACAUAAAUGUUAAUUCAACUGUCAGAUUCCACGACUGGAUACAACUCUGAUUUCGGAGCCAGAGUAGGCUAUGACAUUUUCUUGGCAGUGAAAUUCAUCAGUAGGCUGUGCCUGCUUUGCAUCCAUUGUUGCAUCCUGUUAGAGUCUCUGUGAGCCACACACGCACGCACACACACACACACACACACACACACACACACACACACACACACAUAGUAUGGAUAAGUUAUGCGUUGUCAUCGCAUGCUGUGCGUUUUUUCCUGGGGCUUCUGCGGUGCCAAAGGUCUGGGCUGCAGAUCCCGAGUCGGACCCUAGUCCCGGGGCAGGACACAGGGACAGAGUGCAGGAGGACAUGGACGGACAGGACAGCCUCCUGUCCAAGCUGCUGGGUGAUUAUGACAAAGUGAAAGCCCUCUCGGAAGGUUCUGACUGUCGGUGUAAAUGUGUUGUCAGACCCCUGAGCAGGAGCGCGUGUCGGCGGAUCGAAGAAGGACACGCGCAUCCACAGGACUUCUACACUGUGGAGACUAUCACGUCUGGACCAGAGUGCAAGUGCGUGUGCGUGGCUCCUCCGUCUGCGGUCAACCCCUGCGACAGGGAGUUCAGGAUGCAAACACUUAAAGAGGCUGGUAAAGACCAUGUCAAGCUGUCCACUGUUCUGGAGCUGCUGGAGGGUUCCUUCUAUGGGAUGGAUCUGCUGAAGCUGCACUCCAUCACCAGCAAACUCCUGGAUCGCAUGGAUCACAUUGAAAAGGUGGUCUCUCUGAACCAGACUGUGGAUCAGGUGAAGCCCCAGCCGAGCCCUCCCCUUCAGCCUGAUGGGACUCAAAGUCCACCCACCCACUCUCCUCCUCCUUCUACUCCUCCUCCUCCUCCCCAGCAUGAGGACAAGAAGACACUCAGUGAUGUCGGCAGGGCAGCGGUUUAUCAAAAUCCAGACGACAAGUAUGAAGAGAAGUUCAUCCAGGAGAAUCAGUCCUUUCUACAUGGACAUGAAUCUGAUGUUGAAAUCAUUGAGGUCAGCCCUCAGGUUAAAAAUGCAGCUACCCAGGGGUCUUCUCCAGUGUCGAAGACCGGGUCCAGUGGAAUGAUCAUCAGAGGAAUGACUUUCUAUAAAUCAGAGCCGGAUCCAAUGGUAGCAGAUGAUGGAGAGCCAGGAGAGAACUUUUUUGAGUAUCAUGGAUUUAGUGGUGAUGGCCCAGUCAACCUAUUCAUUGAGGAGAAUCUUCUUCAGCAUAGAGUCUCUCGCCCCAGCGUGAAGUCAGGACCUAGAACAUUUCGACCCAAGACAGCAGAGCCUUUCAACAACUCCAAAAAGACCAGUCAAUCGACAAAACCAAAAGACACUGAGCCCGCCAUAAAAGCUGAGAAUAAGUAUAUUAACCUCAUGGAAACAACAUCACAAACUGAAAAACCCCAAAAACUAAGUGUCACAGUUGGAGCGACCACCACCACACAGAAAAACAAAUCACCCGCCCCACACACUACACAGAGGCUGAUUCCUUUAACAGCUGAACCAGACAGAACCACAACUACAAGCAUAACCCAACCCCCUGGAGAGACGACCUCGAAGGGCGCCGUUACAGCAUUUACGAAGACUCAGACACGAACCACCAUGAAGGAUGACUCUGACCUGGACCUGGAGGACCAAAUGCAAACCACCGCUGGUGGUUCUGCAGCUAAUCCAAGCACCCUGAGACCAAAUAUAUCCACUGAGGCUCCAGAUGCUGCCACUACUGCCCCUGUGACCAUUACCACGUACCCUGCCCCGACCUCAGCAUCUGUAAACCCAACUACAGCCUCCUUCACGCAGGCCGCUACCAAAGCACCCAAAGAAGAAAAUGAACCCAUUCCAACCACAAACAGACCAAACACUUUGACUCCGCACUUUACUCUGCCUUUAACUACAGCUGUGGCCAUGGUUUCUUCACCCACUGCCACUACUAUUACCACCACCACCACCACCACUACAACCCCAGUCCAACCGAAAUACAAGAUCAGCUGGGAAGAAGACAAAGACGGACACUUGGAAUCAGAUGAGCCGAUGCAAAGACAAGAGGAAUCUCCUUCAAGGAAACCUGGGGACUGCAAGGACACGCUAGCCACUAUUUCAGAACCGGUAACUCACAACACCUACGGCAGGACUGAGGGGGCAUGGAUGAAGGAUCCAAAGUCUGACAAUGACAAAAUCUAUGUCACAAACUUCUAUUAUGGAAACAACCUCCUGGAGUUCCGAAACCUGGAGGUUUUUAAACAAGGCCGUUUCACCAACUCCUACAAGCUCCCUUACAACUGGAUCGGCACAGGUCAUGUGGUCUAUGACGGGGCCUUCUACUACAACCGCGCCUUUUCUCGUGACAUCAUCAAGUUUGAUCUACGUCAGCGUUACGUUGCUGCUUGGACGAUGCUGCACGACGCCCUGUUUGAGGAGUCGUCGUCACCGUGGGAGUGGCGCAGUCACUCGGACAUAGACAUAGCAGUGGACGAGAGCGGCCUGUGGAUCAUCUACCCUGCGCUGGACGACGAAGGCUUCUUACAGGAAGUGAUUGUUCUGAGUCGACUGAACCCUUCAGACCUCACCAUGCAGAGGGAGACCACGUGGAGAACGGGGCUCAGGAGACAUCACUAUGGGAACUGCUUCAUCGUGUGCGGUGUCCUGUAUGCUGUUGACAGCUACAACCAAAGGGAUGCCAACCUGGAAUAUGCUUUUGACACACACACUAACACACAGAUGAUACCCAGAAUGCCAUUCACCAACAACUACACUUACACAACACAUAUUGACUACAAUCCCAAAGAGGGUGUGCUGUAUGCGUGGGACAAUGGACAUCAAGUCACAUACAACAUUAAGUUUGCCUAUGUAGAGCCUUAGAAACAGUUAGACUGUAGGAAUUUUAGAGGUUAAUCUGCAUUGAAGUGGAUUGUAGAUCAGUCCACAUGGCAGCCCAUGUAUGGGGAUUAUUAUUUUUAUUGUUUUUUUUUUAUCAGUUCAGAAAAAAAUGUCCUU